AUGUCCAAGCGUCAUAAAGACGGUGAAAACUCUUCUGGAACGUUUGGCACUUUGCUCAUCGUCCUCCCUUCUCCCCACAAAGGAGGCGCCGUGUCUGUGAAGCAUCGUUGCAAGAAGAAAUCCUUACCUAUCCUCGGGGGGACACAAUCGUAUGUUUGUUGGUAUUCAGGUGUUUCUCACGAGGUUCGCUGCAUUACUUCAGGAUGUCGAUGCGUCCUUGCAUAUAACCUUAGUGUGGAUCCUUCGAUGCCUCGUCCGUCAUUUGGUAUUGUUCAGGGACCUGAGAUUGGUAUACUCCGCGAUGCACUCGAAGGAUGGCUCCAGGCUACCCGAAAGUCGGCCGCUGUUUACUACACGCUCGACCAUGAGUACCCGGAGGACAAGUUCACUCUCGAAACCCUGAAGAAUAAUGAUAUGAGUCGUGUCCAAGCCCUGAGACAGCUCGCGUCGGAGCUAGAUAUGGACAUAUUCCUGGCCAUUCUCGAAAAGGAAACGGAAGGAACUUGCUCCACCGACCGUUUCUUCGGCUCGAAAAGAAUCUAUCCACUUGACGAAGCUCGCGAUAUCUAUUACAAGAUUCGUGACUUGGUUGAAUUGGAUGGUCGGCAAGUUGCGUGCGGGGUGUUCAUCGACGAAGAAGAAAUUCUAUCAAAAGACCGCUUAAACCAUAUCGAACCAAAACAUCAGGACGCUUUAUCCUAUCAGAGCGGACGUGGAGCGAAACUGUUACACCGAUAUGAGAUAGCGAUGGCCUGGGCCCUGAACUGGGAGCAUAGGAGUGAAGAAAGCCGGGACGUCUUGGACAAUGUCUUCAAGGCUGCUUUACAUUGGAAAGACCAAGAGUUCUUCGAACAUGCUGCUGGCAAGAGAGGAUGGCAUCCUUCUCCUCAAUUUUUUCAAUGGGCCAGGGAACGGGUUGCCACAGGGGAUGUGCCGUUUAAUUGUUUCAAGAGAGGCUUUUUAAAUGCAGUGAUGGCUAUACCAACACGAAAAACCCGAUUGCAAUCGAUUGUGCGCCUCGUUCGUCCCACUGAGCCAAUAUCGGACGAAGUUCGGAGCUGGCUACACAUGGUCUACCAUGCGGUGUCAUCAACCCCCAUUGGUUCCUCGCAGAAAUCGACUCAACAGAACGGAUACGAAUUAGCUGACAUUAUUGUGGAAUAUCGUGACUUUGACUACCUGGCAACUCAUUUUGAGCCUCUAGUGGAGAGCAAGCUGCAGGAGUUUCCUUUCAUCCUUGGUUUUAUGGCCGGGCUACUCCAGUACACAAUAGGCGGCGGAUUUUCUGAAGAAAGCUCCGACAUGUACGCAAGUCUUGCCGAGAAAUCUAUUGAGGCACUCGACAUUUCUGCUCUGGAGAGCGAUGGUCCUGCAUAUGCAGUGGUCAUGCGACAACCCCCGUACUUUGAUAAUGAAUAUGCACAGGGCCCAAAGCUAUCGGUGCAUGACCUCCUGAGACCACCGCGAGAAUGCGGGCCUGAGAUGCGGCGGAUUAUCACCUCGAUCCUGGCAGCCUACAUCAAUAUCUAUGUCGGCAGACAGCCAAUCCAAGAGACCAGCCUUGUUCGACAGCCGGUGAGAUGUCACUGUCAUGACUGCGAAAGGCUCAAUGACUUCCUCGGAGACCCCACCCGACGUGUUUUCGACUUGAGUGUGGACCGCCAGCGAGAAGGACAUCUAGCCCGGAAACUCCAGAAUAACCGCACUGACUGCAAGAUAGCCGCUUCAUUUAUGGGUCCAUCAUAUACAGUCAUUUUCGCCAAGACUUUCGAGGACAACCGAGCAAAGCGGGUCGACUGGUUCUUCAGAAAAGCACGAGCCAAGGGUCACGUAGCAGACUUUGGUCGCGGACCAUUAACUCUCAGGUUGGGAAGAGAGUAUACAGACAGGAUAGAGACAUUGAUGUCAGCCCUUGAAAGGGGUUCUUAUCCAGUGGGAGAACGGCCGCAUAGGACGUUUGUCGAGACAGAAACGAGGCAACAAGGGCGGCUGGAUGCCAGUCCCAGGACUCCAGGCCUUGGAUCUGGUGGUAGGAUCCGCGGGUCUGGAGAUGCUAUUGUGGGCUCGGAAGUCCUCAGAGAGACUGGGGCAAAUCAGCGACGCCCGUCAUCGGGCUUGGGACCCGGCGCGGGUAUCAAACGAGAGGCUCAAGACGAUGCCAUGAGUCCUGGAGGCUCCAGGACGAGAGCCCAUCCCUUCCCUAGCGGUCCGGGCUCCUCACCAGGGACGCAUAUCAAAGAGGAGUUCGAGCCUAGUUCGGGCUCGGCAUUGGCAAUGCACAUAAAGGAGGAGGUUGAGACCGAUGUCAUGGAUUGA